CUUAUUCUUGUGUCUUUGUAUUUUGAAAAUAGAAACCGACGCUGUUGUCCUGGUACUGACAACAGUUACCAAACUGACCCUUUAAAGAUGGAGAGUCUAGACUUUUCUGAGGAGGAGAUCCAGCAGCAGUUGGCUGCUCUUGGAUACAGAAAUAUUCCCAAACAAAGACUGCGGGAAUUCAAGAGAGAUCUAGAUCAGCUGAUUCUUCAUGAAAAGUCAAAGAGCCACAGCUCCACUGACUGGACUUCUCCAACAUCUCACAGCAGCUCCAGCAGAAGUCCACCUGCUCUUAUUAAAGAAAAGGUUCAGUUGAACCACAUCGGCCUCUUUAACACCAGCUCAGCAGGGAAACACAGAGAGAUUUUCUCCUCCACGUUUAAUGAGGACUAUCAUGGAGACUACUGUGAUUCAUAUUCAAGGCACACAGUUGCUCAAAGACCAGCUCGGCCCUCCACGGCACCCAACAGGCUGGAGACAGAGACAGGGCCUCCUGAAAUAUUUCACUCAGUUUUGGAUGGUAGUGAGACAACGAGUCCCGACAGAGAAAAUCAGGUUCAUUUAAAGCCUAUGAUUAAAAGGAAAGUGUUAAGGAAGCAUCAAGGUCGGUCUCAAGUCUGUGAUGAGUCCACGCACAGUGAAGAUUCUGUGAAACCUCCUAUACACCAGUUGGCGCAAUUAGCUGCAUGAUCCCAGUACAGUUCUUACCAGUAAUCUUCUUAGUUAAAGUCCCCCUCCCUCUCAGCCAUCUGCAUCGGCUCUGAAGUUCAUUUUCUAACUGAGGGCUAAAGAA